AUUUAUUUAGGAACUUCUCGGGAGUUAACCUUUAGGGAGUGUAACAGCGAGACGAAGCUCCAGAAGCUGUGCCGUAAAACAUAAUAAAUUUUCAUUCAUGAAAAGACGGUACAACAAAUGGUAGAGGAGAAGGAUGAAGCCGUCUCUAACUCUGAUACUGUCAGCUGUAUUUUUAGCAUACAUAGCUCAUUCCAUGUAUGUUAUCUAUGGCAUUUUCUUCCCUGAACAGUGUAAAAGUGGAGGGAGAUGUAUCUACCCUUAUCUGUCCAGAAAACCCACUCCCAAAUUAGAGAUUCUUGUUUAUACAUCAACGAAGUUUUCAUUUGUUAAAGAAAGGGACUUAAAGUUGGUGUGGAGAAACUCCUCUCUGGAUGUGUCCAAUGCUGUAGAAAACACUGUGAAUGUUAGUCUGCCAUUUAAAGUCAGAAACAAUGGCACUAUGUACCUCCAUGUGUUUUUGGUGCCUCCAGGCCAGGAUCCAUUUGUCAGUCAGUACACAGUCCACAAAUACACUGCGAUCACUACCUACAGCCUGCCUAAAUCCGAAGUUUUUAGUCUUAUGGGGGACACAGCUAAGAAUGAAAGCACCAGACCUGACAUUCCAAUAUCCCACUGGCGACAGAGAGUUACCAUCAACAUCAUGGAUGAAUACCUCGCAUUGGAUAGAAAUGCUAUUCCACAGGAUAUCUAUAGAUAUUUCAAAUCAUCCCCAGAUGGUGACUACUUGCCUGUCCUGUUCAUAGAUGAGCUGAGCUUUAGAGUGAGAGAUUUACUGCCGAUUAACAAAACCAGCAAGGAGAUGCCAUUGAGCAUAGCGUACACCCCAAUCUCGGUUGGAAAACUGCGUUUUUGGAGUAACAUGUUGAAUUCCAUUGAAACCCUGCAUAGAUUUGGUUUUACCGAGAAGGACACGGACGAACUGAAAGGAAUAUUUGCGGAUACAAAUUUUUACUUCCUGAUGAUGACUUUUGCUGUGGCUGCAUUUCAUCUACUGUUUGACUUCCUUGCAUUCAAAAAUGACAUCAGCUAUUGGAAGAAUAGAAAGAACAUGGUUGGUCUAUCCUCCAGAGCAGUCUUGUGGAGGUGUGUGUCCACCAUCAUAGUUUUUCUGUACCUCUGGGACCAGGAGACCAGUUUGUUAGUGUUGAUACCAGCUGGGAUAGGGGCCAUCAUAGAGGUUUGGAAAGUUAAAAAGGCUUUCAAGAUGUCUGUCUCAUGGAAUGGGAUGAAGCCACAGUUUUCGUUUGGACAGACCUCUGACAAAGAGAAAGAAACUGAGGAGUUUGACUCUCAAGCCAUGAAGUAUUUGUCCUAUGUCCUCUUACCAUUAUGUAUUGGACUUGCUGUGUACAAUCUAUUAUAUACCCCCCACAAAAGCUGGUAUUCAUGGUGUAUAGAAAGUCUAGUCAAUGGUGUGUAUGCAUUUGGAUUUCUCUUCAUGCUACCCCAGCUGUUUGUUAAUUAUAAGCUCAAGUCAGUAGCUCAUCUGCCAUGGAGAGCCUUCACAUACAAGGCUUUCAACACCUUCAUUGAUGAUAUCUUUGCAUUUAUCAUCACCAUGCCAACAGCUCAUCGACUUGCCUGCUUUAGGGAUGAUGUUGUCUUCUUUUUCUAUUUAUAUCAAAGAUGGCUGUACCCUGUGGAUAAGACCAGAGUGAAUGAAUUUGGGAUGAGUUUUGAAGACGAGCAGCCAGUCAGUAAGGUCACUCAGAAAAAGAAAAAGGAUUAACUUCAGCAUCGCAUAGAUUCUAUAGUCUACAAAUUUUUACCAAUUUUUUAUUCAUAACUUAUUCCCUUUUAUGUCUUGGUUUUAGAAGGUUAAUUAUAUUUGCUUUUUGUUGCCAUAUAAACUUGUUUAUCUCUAGUAAAUCCAUGUUUCUUACUGAACUGUUUGUUUUGGUGAAUGACUGUAGAUAUCUGUCAAUUGUGUUGUAUGUAUGAAUCUGUAUGUAUUUGUCGAAACCCUAGAAGACUUUUUGGUGCUAGUGAACUCAAUGCAAAAUGAAACCAGAGAAGAGUUCCCCUGACUUCAGAAUCCAUUAUGAUAAGGUUCAUGAUGAUUUUGUAAGUUUAAUUAUUGGCACUCUAAUAUUUGUACAAAACUGUGUAAUGAAUUAGACCAAUUGUAAGAUAUUAUAUAUACAAUAUUUUUCAUUGCUGCUUUUUGGCAUAUAUCAGGAUCCUUUAAUUGUAUUAGAAGCAUCCCAUUGUCCACUAACACACUGGGUAUAUCAGGAGACCCAAGCCAAUCACAUGCAGUAUACAUUAUUUUCUACCUAUGUUAUUUUCAGAAAAGUCCAUGACAGAUUCAGGCUUUUUAGACUUGUAUAGUAAAACACAGUUAUUUCUAGACUGCAUUGUUAAGUGUAAAUGUAUUAUUGUGUACAGUAAAACACAGUUAUAGCAAACCUCCAGGGCCAGCAGAAAACAUAUUGUAAUAUCAAAACUUCGUUAUAUAUAUCUAAUAUUUUCACUAUUUUCCUACAUUAUCAAGGGGGAAUAAAUAUCACUUUGCUAUACGAGUGAAUUUAUUGUACGUGUUCAUUACAAGCAUGUUAUAUUGUAUUAGAACUCGUGGCAGAUCUACAGUGUGCACAUUACUUGUUCAUGCAAACAAUGUGUCAUUGUUCAUGUACACUGUACGUGUGUGUUUGAGAUGUAUUGAGGUGAAAUACUGGUGUUCAAUAGAUGCUACUGAGCCCUAGUACCGCUGUAAACUCAAAUUUUGUUUAUAAUUGAAGACUAAGAGGGGGAUGCCAAGUUUGGAAUGUACUUUCAUUAAGAAAAAAAUAUUUCUUCCAACCCAUUUUGAAAUCCAUUGUAUGUUUUCUAUAUCAAGAGGGGCAUGAUGGUACAUGUAUACAUGUAUAUUUCUUUGAUGAUUAUGAGUAUUUUCAAAUAUUCGAUAUGAUUUACAAAUUUUCAAACUAUCAGAAAAGUGCUUUGGUAAUUUGUAGAAUUUAUGUUUUGUAGAAAAAGUUGUAAAUGUAUCAGAUCAAAAUAUCAAAACAGUACCUAUAUUUGUAGAAGGGUGUAUACAUAUUUGACAGUGCAUACAUUUAAAUCCAUUCUAAAACGUUGCACACAAUACACACAAUCAAAAUCCUGGUUGUGUUACUAUUGACACAUCCAUGUUUUAUUGCUAAUUACUCCUGUUUGUAUUCAUUGUGCAUCAUCCCUCAUUUACUUUUUUAUCUUUUCAUAUACUUGACCAUUUGUCAUAGAAACUGGUGUGUAAUGUCUUUAGGAGUACGGAAAGAAAAAAAAUUAUAAAUAUGGGGUUAAAACGUAUUUUUAAAAAGUAUGCAGGCAAGGUCAAAUGGUCGAGCUAGCUUGUCCAAGAGUUACUACAUUGGAAGGUCAUAUGUAGCAUUACUUUUGAGAUGUCGAAAUUUUUUUUAAAGAUGUGGUCUUGCAUCAACAUGCAAAUUUUUCGCGGAUUGUGGAAAAGUUAUAAUUCCACCGCGUAUGAACAUUUGUGAGUGAACUAGACUGUUGCAUGCUUUAUUUUACAUAGUCCAUAUGUCCAUGUGUGGAAAGAGUAUGAAUCAGGAUAUUUUCUGUCAGUUUUGUUUUUUUAUGUACACUGUAUGUUGUUAUCUUAAUGUUCAAGAGAAAUUUUCAUAUUUUUAUCAGGAACUUGUGCAUGAAAUAUGAUUAAUUCUGUUUAUUAAAAGAAUAUUUCGUGUA